UCAAUCCAAGGAAGCUCGUCAUCACUGUGAAUUCCGGUUGAAUAAUCGUCGGUAAAUGAGAUCUCAGUCCUUUUUCUACCUCUUCCCUCCUCUUUUGCUUGCUCUGUUAUUCUCCAUCUAGGAUUCAAACCCUCAUUUUUACACCUCCAAUCCCUCACCAAACCCUUUUUAUUUUCUCUCCAACGCCAGAGCUUCUUCACAUUUUCUGAUUUCCGCAACACCCACUUCCCCGCUUCUUACUCCAAGGUGUAAAGCUCGGAUCAGCCCGCUUCUAAUUUCGUUCACCAAAGCUUUCCUGGUUUUCGUUCAUAAGCACGUUCGAAAUCAGGUAGAUUCCAGUUCUAUCAGCCCUACCACCAGCUACAAACGUCGAUCCGUUUACCUUCUCCAGCUGUCAGUCGUAAUAGGAAAUGGGUUUGUGGACAUUAUUGGAAGGCUGUCUGCUUCUUGCAAAUGCAUUGGCAAUAUUAAAUGAAGACCGCUUUCUUGCACCUAGAGGAUGGAGUUUCUCUGAAUUUUCUGCUGGGCAGACGAAGUCAUUUAAGGGGCAGCUUAUUGGUCUCAUUUAUGCUACUCAGUACUUGAGAGUUCCUCUAAUACUACUCAACUUGAUUUGCAUCCUUGUGAAAUUGGUAUCUGGAUGAUGCCAGUUGAACCAGAAAAAAGGAGAGGGAUGUUUUUAGAGUGGCAGAUUCAUACACGUAAAGGAAACUUUUGGUUCAGAGAUAUUGUUCAAAAUUGUCCUGUUUUAACGAUGAGGCAUUUGUAAGGUAAGGUUGUAUCCGAAGCUUUCAGCAUGUUCAAGAUGUGAGAAUGAGAAUAUUGUGAGUUCAGCAAAUUCUAUGACUGUCACUGAGAAUUUGUUUCAUUCCCCAGUAAGUGAAAUCACACUACCAAUUUCAGUUUGUGCUCAACAAA